UGUACAAUUUGAAAAUAAACUCCAUAUAUUCUCAGCAGCAUGUAUUGAGCCUAUACUACUUCAGCUGACAUGAAAGUCUGGAAACUAUAUCCCCUCUUCUUCUUCUUCUUCUUCUUUCUAUUUCUGAGGUCAACACUCGGAGAGGACACAGUGGCAGAAGACAUCAGUGUCCAUCAGCUGGAGCGGUUAGUGGAGAUGCUGACGUCCACGGAGUGCGAGGAGCUUCUGUUCGCCCUCUCUCACCCAGAGGAAAACAUCUUGCAGCACGCUGAGCGCCUCUCACCACUUAACAAUCAGCUGGAUCUCGAACCUCGAGCCAAGAGAGACAUCUCAUCUGCUGCAGAUAGUGAGGCUCAGUGCCGCACGGCCCUGACAGACUGGAUGCUGAAGUACGGGGAGCAGACCUACUACGACAGGCUUUCUCGCGCCUUGCAGCACAUCGGCAGAACAGACAUUGCCAUUGAAGUGGGGAAAAACAUCAACCAAGACAAAGCCUUGAGCUUGAAACGCUACGUUGAAGACUAUCACAAAUAUGUCAGCUCUUUAAACUUCCCUCCGGUACAAUUAGACACAACGGGCCAACCGCAAGAAGAACAGAAGGCCGGAAGACGAACGCGAAGAGUAAGGGAUCUGACAUGGCGUGACCUGGAUCUGAUCGUGGAGUGGGCCCCUGUUUCUGCGUAUCAGAAGGGGCCUUCGGAUGUAGCUCUGCCCCUCUUGUAUGGCAUCCUGCUGGGCUUCGGAGGCACCUUGCUCGCAGGCGUCUCUGUACUUGCCGUCAUCAUACACAUCUCCCGCAGAAGGCAGCAGAGCUGUCCCCACAGGGUCACCGGGAGCCCCAGCAGCAAGCUCACGCUUGGAAAUAGAAUAUUGAAAGAUGCAGUAUCUGUGAGGUCAGAGGCUACUACAUAAGCAGCUUAGGGGGUGAAAUGGUCUAAGGAGCUUUGGAAAA